AUGCUGUAUCUCCCCGAUACAAUGUCUGCAUGGCCGUGGCAGAGAGCAAUCAACCCCUAUUUCAAUGAGGUCAAGGCAGCGUCGAACUCCUGGUUCAAGAGCUUCAGAGCCUUUUCGCCUGCCUCGCAGAAGGCCUUCGACAAAUGUGAUUUUUGUCUCCUCGCUGCUCUUGCCUACCCACGAGCACGCAAAGAACACCUGCGCACCGGCUGCGAUCUCAUGAACCUGUUCUUUGUGAUUGAUGAGUACACCGACGUCGAGGAUGCCAAUGUCUGCCGCGACAUGGUCGACAUCGUGAUCGAUGCGCUGCGCCGCCCCCAUGACCCCCGGCCAGAGGGAGAGGUCGUUCUCGGCGAGAUCGCACGACAGUUUUGGGCGAGAGCAAUAGAGACAGCUAGCCCGACGUCGCAGCGCCGCUUCCUCGAGACCUUUAUAGCCUACCUCGAAUCUGUUGUUUUGCAAGCCGCAGACCGCGACUGCGACGCCGAGCACACGGUCCAAACGUACCUCGCACAACGACGGGAUAACAUUGGCUCAUACCCUUCAUAUGCCGUCCUGGAACUCGCCCUCGAUAUCCCCGACGAUGUAUUCUACCAUCCGGCUAUGAAUGAGCUCUCCCUAUACGCUACAGAGAUGCUCAUCAUCGAUAAUGACCUCGUAUCAUACAACCGCGAACAGGCGAGCGGGGACACGAACAACAUUCUCUUCGUAAUCAUGCGCCAAUUCAACUGCUCGCUCGACCACGCCAUGGCGUGGGCAGCAGCCUACCAUUCUCAGCUUGAGGCCAGAUUCAUGGACGCGUUCAAGCGGAUGCCUUCAUGGGGUCUCGAAAUCGACUCACAGGUCGAAGAAUACUGUCAAGGGAUCGCGAAUUGGCCACGAGGCAAUGACUGCUGGAGCUUCGAAAGCGGGCGGUACUUUGGAGACAAGGGUCGCGAGGUGCAGAAGACGCGGUGUGUGCCUCUCCUGCCCAAAAAGGAGCGCGACACAAGCCUAAGGCAGCAGGACGUGGUGAUCACAUCUCUCUGAAGCCGAUCAUUGAUAUCCCCUUAAUGGACUGUGCCUAAUGUAAAGUGUAGUACAAUCGCUCCAGGUCGUGCAUACAUAUCGUAGAUUAGCAUAUAGUAUACCAGCCCUACUUAAUGUCUUGGUUUUCGCCUUCCGCUUGGAAUAGCAAUAGUAUAGCAUAAUGUAAUUGUUCGCCGAGACAGUGGUAACAAUAUAUGAAUUUAG